UCCGUUUUGAUUACUUUUGUAGUGAUUUGAGCCGGUGUGUGUAUGUCGCCAUUAUUUUAUCAACCGUGUAGACCUCGGUUCAUAGUAACCUAUUGCUUUAUAAUUGUGAUAUUAAAAAAAUGAUUUCAUUUCGAUUGUUUUUUUUUCUCCAACAUAGGACUUUGAUAUUUUUGCAACAACCGCAGUACUAUAGUAUCUAGCUAACUGUUUUUCGCUAGUUUGGCUGACUGACUGACUGGCUGACUGGCCAUCCAGCUAGGGACAAGGUUAGCAAAAAUCUAGCAUAAUCUGUCAUUUUUGUUUUAACAGCAAUUCGGCGUGUUAAGUAGUUGGUGAGAUUAGUUAACUAUCAUCUUGCCUUUUGGUUAGCUAAUAUCCUCAAGGCGGCAAAUCACGACAUUUAUAGUUUCGGUAACCGGCGGUGGCUACAUAGCUAGCUGACUAGCGGAUAUAACUAGCUACAGUAGCUUGUUAGCUAAUCGUAUUUCCACAAGAAUUUGAAAUAAGUUUGUAGUUGGAGUCUACUGAUACGGAGCUGACAACAUUAUUCAAGUUUACAAGUAGGUGUCCAAGUUUGACAAGAUGUCAGAGGGAGAAGGGAAGCAGGUGUUGGACUCUAUCCAGGAGGGGAAACCAGAGUCUAUGGUUGCUUCCCCCACCGGUCAGAGUGUGUCAUCCGUGUCCCCCCCAGUGUCCACUGUGACACAGCCCCCUGCAACAGCGGCGACAGAGGACGAGGAAGAGGAGAGCGAGGACGAGUCAGAGAUUCUGGAGGAGAGCCCGUGUGGACGCUGGCAGAAACGCAGAGAGGAGGUGAACCAGCGCAAUGUCCCUGGGAUUGACAAUGCCUACCUGGCCAUGGACACAGAGGAGGGUGUGGAGGUGGUGUGGAAUGAGGUCAUGUUCUCAGAGCGAAAGAACUUCAAACUGCAGGAGGAGAAAGUCAAAGCGGUGUUUGACAACUUGAUCCAGUUGGAGCAUCUGAACAUUGUCAAGUUUCACAAAUACUGGGCUGAUGUGAAGGAAAAUAGGGCCAGGGUCAUUUUCAUCACAGAAUACAUGUCUUCAGGAAGCCUGAAGCAGUUUCUGAAAAAGACCAAGAAAAACCACAAGACAAUGAAUGAGAAGGCCUGGAAGCGCUGGUGUACACAGAUACUGUCUGCUCUCAGCUACCUGCAUUCCUGUGACCCUCCCAUCAUCCACGGCAACCUGACCUGUGACACCAUCUUCAUCCAGCAUAAUGGUCUCAUUAAGAUUGGCUCAGUGGCCCCAGACACCAUCAACAACCACGUCAAGACCUGUCGGGAAGAGCAGAAGAGCCUGCAUUUCUUUGCUCCUGAGUAUGGAGCUGUUGCAGACGUCACCACUGCAGUGGACAUUUAUUCCUUUGGAAUGUGUGCCUUAGAGAUGGCUGUACUGGAGAUCCAGAGCAACGGCGAGUCGUCGUAUGUGUCCCAAGAAGCCAUCAACAGUGCCAUUCAGUUCCUGGAGGAUCCACUGCAGAGGGAGUUCAUCCAGAAGUGUCUGGAACAGGACCCCAGCAAGCGGCCCACGGCCAAGGAGCUGCUGUUCCACCAGGCCCUGUUCGAGGUGCCCUUACUGAAGCUGCUGGCAGCGCACUGCAUCGUCAGCCACCAGCACAUGAUUCCAGAAAAUGCUCUUGAGGACAUGACGAAGAACAUGGACCUCAACCUGGUGAUCGUGGAGGUCAAGGACGGAGUUCAGAUGAAGCUUUCCCAGUUCCCUGCUCUUGAGCUGGACAAGUUCCUGGAAGAUGUGAGGAAUGGGAUCUACCCGCUGACAGCUUUUGGGGUACCUGGCCCCAAGCAGCCUGAGCAGGAAGCAGUGAAGUCCCCCAUCGUGCCCCCAUCAGUCAAAAGCCCCACUCCUGAGCCUGCAGAGAUGGAGACCAGGAAGGUAAGUCCUAAAGGAGGAGGGGGAAGUACAGAGAUGGAGACCAGGAAGGUAAGUCCUAAAGGAGGAGGGGGAAGUACAGAGAUGGAGACCAGGAAGGUAAGUCCUAAAGGAGGAGGGGGAAGUACAGAGAUGGAGACCAGGAAGGUAAGUCCUAAAGGAGGAGGGGGAAGUACAGAGAUGGAGACCAGGAAGGUCCUACAGAUGCAGUGCAACAUCGAGCCUGUUGAUGAGGGUGCCAAACAUCACCUUACGCUGUUGCUGAAACUUGAGGACAAGUUGAACAGGCACUUAAGUUGUGAUUUGUUACCAAAUGAGAAUGUGCAGGAGCUGGCUGUGGAGCUCGUUCAGCUGGGAUUCAUCAGCGAGGGCGACCAGCCACGACUCGCUUCGGUUCUGGAAGAGGCCUUCUCUAAGUUCUACAGCCGGAACGGAUUCUUGAAUCCGGUCACCGUAUCCUCAUAGCAGAGGAGCCCCACCCCCUCUGUCCUCAACCUCCCUCCCUCUGUCCUCAUCCUCUCACACAGGACUUUGUUGUCGCUCACAAAAAAAAUGUGGGAAAGCUUUGCAGGGACACAGGGGAAAGCCUUGGCCUGUCCCUGUCCCACCCCUCACUAGGUGUUUUAGUAUUUUUUUGUACUUAUGCUUCUAGUAUAUUUUGUGUAGCCAUUUGCUUCUGUUUUAAAAGAAAAAACGACUCGUUGUCACUUUAGUCAGUAUUAUGAGCUAUAUUUUGAACAUUUUUAAGGAGUUUUUACACACAACUACCAUAAUUUUCGGUCUGUGAGCGAAAAUAUCUUCGGUCUCGCGUUCCGAUGUACUUAUGCAUGGUGCUGUGUGUGGGCGGAGUCUGGUUGUGAUUGGUCCUCUUCUCUACUUUCUCCCAGCAAACGAGGCAUCUUCCUUUGAUGUGAGUGUGAUGCGCCCCCCCCCAACUUCCUUUUGUAAUACCAGAAUGAGAUGUAGCUGUAGUUAUGACGACACCUUUACCUGAGCUCAGGUGGGGAGUGGGAGAGCUGAUUGCAGUCCAAAUGUUGGGAUUAUUAAUAAGUUAUUUAUCAAUAUGGUCUAUCAUGAACUUUCAGCACGGAGCCGGUUGGUUCUUUUCAUGAAUGUUUAGUUCAUUAGGAUCCCCAGUAGUUGUUGCCCAUGCAGCAGCUACUCUUCCAGGGGUCCACAUAAACGUUUCAAUUUGAUUUAUUCUAUGAGAAGGAACUUUGUCACUCGACUGUUUCUUACUCUUUAAAGUUUUAUUUUGCAAAUGUUAAAGUGGUCAUGCGUUCUUUUCCAAUGUAUGUUUUGGUGCCAUUUCUCAGACACAGUGAAACAGUAUUCACGUAAGGACCUCUGGUUUAGACUUUAAGACUAUUGGUUUACCUCAAUAGUCACAUUCCUUAACAAAUAAAUUGACUCAUAACGUGUAGUGAAUACAUGCAUGCACUCUUUAUACCUUAAACUCAACUGGCUGCAAGUUAACAAUUAUCACUCCCUAAUUAACACUACAUUCCUAUUCAAUCAACCAUUGUGAAGGGAAGAUCUUUUUUCUUUACAGAAACUAAAGUGAGGAAUGUGGUGUGGGCGAAGGCCUGUAUGUUAUACUGAGAAUAACGUAUUGUCAUAACAGACAUACAGUAUCAGUGUGGGAGUUACAGGACUGUAUCACUGAUCCUCUGAAAGCACACUUUCUGCUUGAAAUCAGAUGCAGCACAGAAUAUACUAAGAAGUCACAAACACCCACUUUCCUAGUAUUUGUUGAGUCCACUUGCUGCUAGUUUGCACUAAUGUACUGUUUUGGUUGUUUUAAUUUGUCUUUUCAAAUACAAUAACUACCACUGCUUAGGUAUGGUUUUAACCAGCAACGUAAUGAUUUGGAUGUGUUGAGGGAGGGGUGUGGGUUUGGUAAGCGGGAUACAUGGGUUGGUAUUUUUCUUCUAUAGUGUAUGUCAUGCUGGACAUAAUGCUGUGUCUCGGGUAGGCAACUCUGGUCCUGGAGGGCCAGGUGUGUUGAAUAUUUGCGAUCACUGAACUGAUCAAUUAGCUCUGUUGGUCAGGUGUGGUGCCGAGUUGGAACAAAAUGUCAAUGCACUCCAGGAACAGGGAUGCCUCUGCUGUAUCUGGCUCUGCAACACCUUUCUCCUUUUUUAAAUUUCACUUCCUGAAAUAAACACGACACCUAGCACUUCA